ACCCUCUCUAUUUGGCCUUGUAUGCCCUGUAUACCUGGGUGACUGUUAGGACGGCAGAGAUCUGUGUAAGACAUUAUCUCUGCUUCCUGGAUCUCUGGUUCGUCAGGAACUAGCCUCGGUUAGGUGACGAUCUAUGUUCCUUGAAAGGAGGGCAGUACCCUCCCAUGUGGGAUGGAUACCGUCUCUUUUCAACAGUUCAGGUUUCCCCCAGAAGGAGCUAAAGUUAUCUAUGAAGCCCACAUUGUUAUUGGCACACCACUUUGACUGCCAUCGGUUGAGGUCCGAAAUUCUGCUGACCAUUUCAUCACCUCUUUUAAUAGUAACAACAAUGCGCAGGUUGGGCAGAAACCACACAGACCCCGAGCCCUGGAUCGAACAGCUGGUUCUCAACUAUGAAACAGCCAUACCACCGGACAAGGCAGUGAAGGCCACCGUCAUUGGUGUCAAAGACCUGACAGAAUCCCAAGAUGAGACAGAUGCGAGCUGUGUCCUAUAUCUCUCGGAUGGAGUGGUCCACAUCCCUGCAGUUCUCACAACACAGGCCUGGAGCAGGCUGCAGGACAUGGAGGAGAGAGAGAGUUACUCGGGGCUGGAGAAUGCCAUCGUCUGUGUGAAGAAUCUGCAGUUGAACUUCCACAUGGAGCCUGAGCGGGAUAACUGCCAGUUUUAUGUGACGGUCAAUCAGAUCAGCACCAUUGGCCAGGGGAGCUCCCACAAUGCCGUUCCCAACUGUGCUACAUUACCGUCCAUUAAAGAACAGAUCCGCAAAACAUGGAGGUCCAGAACAGAUGAGAGUUCAUCUCAGUCUCAAAGUAUACUCCGUCUGACAGACUUAUUGGACGCAUGGGUGACAGAUGGAGGGACUCAGGUCACACCCCAAGAAGUGAUUGACAGGCCAACCCCACUUCCUGGACCUACUCCCGCCCGCCACAAUAAGGGCUUUCCAACUCCACCUGGUCCAACCCACUCCAGGAAGAACACGCCCCCGGUGUCCUGUUCCUCGUUUCGUAAUAUGUACGCACCCACUCAAGCCACUCCCUCCCACUGUACUGUGGACUCACCGGCAGAGCCAAGCUCCUCCCACCACCACUGUGUAGCCCCUCCCACCAGUGGCCAGAGGCCCCAGUCAUUGGAUGAUGGGAGCAAAUUGGCGCUGAUUAGGAAGAUAAUGAGCAGACUGGCUCAUCCCACUCUGCCAUUAUCAAAUGAUGAUGUGACUGCUCCUACCCAGUGGCACCAGGAUCGGCUGUCUUAUAAAGGAGAGGAGUGUUUCUCUGUUCCUGGUUAUCAUCUCUUGAGAGAAAGGAUUGCUACGGCAACAGCAGCAUCCACAAGCCGUUCACCACCCAGUAGCUUGGUCCCUCCCCUGUCUGACAAGCAGGUGGAUCAACCAACCACCACCCAAAAUGAGGGCCCAGACCAGUUGCCCUCAUCUGGAGAGAGGGUGGAUGAUUCGCCACGUUCCAGUCGUUAUGCGGAGUCUGUCCAUGAAGGCGGUGGGUGGGACGUGUUUGCUCCAGUCGUUGAUGUCCUGCGCUCUCUGUCCCCUUCUGAGUUGUCUGCUACUCCAGAGGACAUGCAGAUUCUUCAGAGCCAAUCAGCUUCAGUUCUGCCAGAGAACCUCCCACUCUUGCAGAGCCAAUCAGCCACCGCACAGAACCUACCACUCAUAGAGCCCCAAUCAGAUUCCGCCACCCCAGAGAACCUGCCAGUCACCAAGGUCCCCUCAGAUUCAGACACCACAGAGGACGGCCUACUCACAAAGAUCCAAUCAGAUUCAGCUACCCCAGAGAACCUCCCCCUUAUCCAGAGCCAAUCAGCUUCAGCCACCCCCAGGAAACUGCCACUCCUGCAUGGACUGACCUCAUUAUGCACUCCAGAGAACCUCAGACAUCUGGACAGCCAAUUAGGUUCAACUUCGCCAGAGCAAUUCCCUCUCCACCAAUCACUUUUGGCCCGCCUGAGCUCUGCUCCAAUAGGAAGCAGCACACAGAAUGUGUCAUCCAAUGGCAGCAGGGCCCAAAAGACGGGAUCCACCCUCCCGCCCUAUCAGCCACAAUUGCCCCUGGUGAUAAGCCCCUCCCAGCUCAGCGGCAAGCGUUCUACCCCUCGUCCGUCUCCAGAGGAGGAGGACGACACCAAAGCCCCCAGGAGCCCCCCGUCAUGGAUAGCGCAAACACAGCAGACAGGAAGUAACCACAACGAGGUAGCAAGUCAACCCAAGCGGCGCAUGUUCGCCUCACCUUCCGAGCAGAGCUGGGUUCACAAAGACGGUUCUGCGUUUUACUACAAAUAUCAGGCUUCCGUGCAGGAUAUGUGUGCCCUGGGCCGCUUCACCGUUCCUCCUGAGAUGAUCCAGUGGUCCGUGCGUUACCUUCUGGCGUCAGCGUCGCCUCACACCUCAGCAGAGGAGCCAGGCCAGAGGACGGAGGCGCCAGAACCCUGAAGAGGACACGCCAGCGUUAUUCCAGCAUUCCAGACAGCAUCGUGUUAAUGUGUUUUGUACAUAAAUGUAAUAA